AUGGAAGAAACUUACCUGCUGAAACAUCCAGGGGUCAAAAAGAAGAUUCUCCAUGGAGGCCAGGGCCCGAUGCCCCACUUUCCACCUGGGACAAAGCUGGCGUUCCACUUCCAGACGCUGAAGGAUGACUUUGAGAGGACGGUGAUCGAUGACAGCCGUAAAGGCAAGCAGCCCGUGGAAAUCUUCGUGGGGAAGAUGUUCAAGAUGGAGGUGUGGGAAGUCCUGCUCACCUCCAUGAGGAUCGGAGAGGUGGCUGAGUUCUGGUGUGACGCCAUUCACACAGGCUUGUACCCCAUCGUGUCUAAGGGCAUGCGGCUCGCUGCCCAGGGGAGAGACCCCCUGGAGGGCCAGAAGCACAUGUGCGGCAUGGGGAACCUGUUCCACUACCACUCCACAGGCUUCCCCGAGCUGGACGAGCUGAUGAGGGACCCCCAGCCACUCAUCUUCAUCAUGGAGCUCAUAUCGGUGGGCGACCCAUUCUCCUACAAGCGCGAGUCCUGGAUGAUGGACAAGGACGAGAAGCUGAAGGCCGUGCCGUCCCUGCACAUGCAGGGGAACGCCCUGGUCAAGCAGCGCCGCUUCCAGGAGGCUGCCGAAAAGUACCACGAGGCUGUCCUGCUGCUGAAGAUUGUGCAGUCCAGGGAGAUGCCUGGCCACGAGGACUACAUCAACCUGGACCGCCUCAUUACGCCCCUGGUUCUCAACUACUGCCAGUGCAUGCUGGAGCUGGAACAGUACUACAAAGUGCUGGAGCAGACCACAGAGCUCCUGGAGAAGCACAAAGAUAAUGUCAAGGCCUACUACAAGCGGGCCAAGGCACACGCAGCCGUGUGGAACGAGAAGGAGGCCCGGAAAGACUUCCUGAUGGUGGCCAACCUGGACAUCACGCUGGCUCCGCUAGUUCACAGGGAGCUGAAGCAGCUGUCGGAGAGGAUGAAGGAGAAGUACUGGGAGGAGAAGAGCAGCUACUGGGGCAUUCUAGAGGAGAAAGAAGGGGAGAACCUGAGGAAAGAGGAAGAUGAGGAAGAGGAGGAAACUGUGACCCAGGGGGAAGAGGCAGAGAAGACACAAGAUCCCGAGGAGCAGGCACAGGAUGAGCAGAGGGAGGUCACGGCAAAGGACGAGGCAGCCAAUGAGGCAGCAAGCAGUCAAGCAACCAAUCAGAGCGCAAGACCGGUGAUGGAGGGUAAAGAUUGGCAGCAGAUGCUGCGGCUGGCUCAUCUGCUCCACGAUGAGGGAAACUUCCUCAUCAAGGAGAAGCACUACCUGGAGGCCACUGAGAAGUACAAGGAAGCCAUUGAGUAUAUAGACUAUCUUCAAACCAAGCACGUGGAUCGUGAGGGAGAGGACUGGGAGUCCCUGGAGAAGGUGCGGCUGCCGCUCACUCUCAACCUCAGCCAGUGCCUGCUGGAGCUGGAGGAACACAAUCAAGUGCUGGAGAUCAACACCAAGCUGCUGAAGACACACAAAGACAACCUGAAAGCAGUGUACCAGCGGGGGCGAGCGCACUCCGCGCUCUACCACGAGGACGAGGCCCGGAAGGACUUCGGCAGGGUCGUCAAGCUGGACCCCAAAUUCAAGCCCAUCGUGCGCCUGGAGCUGAGAAAGAUGGGAGAGAACAUCAGGGCCAAGCACGCCCGUGAAAAGAAAAACUACUGGAUGACUGCUGAGGAGAAGAGGAAAAAGGGGGUGAAGGUGAGGAGGUCAGAGAAGAAUCAGGGGGAGAAGGAGGCAGGAGUCAGCAAGAAGGGCGCUGCCGCAACAGACAACAUCAGCAAGGAGGGGCUAGAGGACAGGGCCAGCAGCGCUGAAGAAUCAGAGAGAUUGCAGGCCCCAGAAGAGGAGCAGGCAGAGCGAGAUAAUCCAGCCACAGAUAAGGAUGAUAAAGAGGGCACAGAUUUUACACAAAGUGCCAGCGUGAAAGAUAAGUCUAUCAGCGCUGAGAGACCGGGUGCUGAAACAGAGGCUGAGGUACAAAAUGUAACUUCUGUGGAGCCAGCCCAAGGUAGCACCGGGGCCACCGACCGUGCGACCAAUGCAAACGCAGGAAAUGACACCGUGACGGCAGACCCAGCGAAUGAGAGUCAACCAGGUGCACACCAGGAUCAGGGCUUUGAAAAUUAA